AUGCCUUGUGAGGUUCUCUCGGAACUGUGGAAGCUUUUGGGCCGUCCUAGACUCGUUAUGCAUUCCCUAUACGGUAAGAUCAGGAGAUUCGAAAUCUUGAAGGCUCGCGGCUGGGAUGUUCGCAGGUCGUUGACGAAAGUCUCGUGGAAAGACGAAGUAAUCCUCCUGGUGCGACGCGAGAUUUUCGAAGGGGCCGACAGUUUGCGGUGGGCGGGGCGGUUCCUGCCUCGCGACGGUUGCCCGCAGCUUCCCCAUCGAGCUGUUCACUUAUUUGCACUCCCGAUCGAUCCAAGGCUCAAACACCCUUUGUUCCAGCCUCCACACAACCAUCAACUGAUUUGUGGGAUCUGCCAAACAAAGAUGCAAACAGGCCCGAAAACAAGAAUAGAUCCAGAACUUUUGUUUGAACAUGCCGACAGACGACACCGUCGUUGCCGCCCUUCAUCAAGCGAGGCAUUUUGUUGUUUUGAAAGCUUGCGUGAAACCACUAUGAACACUUCGUCCUUGUUUUGUGCUUGUUCAGCAAUCACACGUGCAGUUUGCGACCUAAUUGCAAGCAUCUUUAAUUCAAGACGAUGUACUUGA